GAUGCUAUUAUUCCAAAAUAAUGAUCCUUAUUCAUUUUGAAAAAAUUGAUAUGCAGUAAAAUAAAUAAAUAAAUAAAAUAUAAACAUAAGAAGAAUAAAUAUAAUAGAAUACAUAUUUUAUUAUAGUAUAAUUUGUAAAACUUUAUUUACUAGUUAAAAUAAACAUUCAAGUCACGGGUAACAAUAGGUAAUUCGAUGUUGCGUGUUCCGCGUACCCGCGUAUUUUAAUACCUGUUCAAAACCGUGAUCUCUAGUAAUAAUUCUUCUGAAAUUUUGUAUUUGAGGAUUCCGUGUUCUGAACCACAGUGGCGACAAUCGCGCGCGCAAUGGUCCGAUUCCUCGUUCUCUCAUCCAAAGAACCGAUGGCGCCACCGUGAGGCCUGGUGCCAGUCGAAAUCAGUGAUGGCCGCGAGGCUCGCGAGGCACAUUACGUCGAGAUUCCGCUGAGUUUGUUUAUCGCAACGUUCUUGUGGCGAGAAGCGUUCCCGUGACUUUCGACCUAAUAGUGUCGAACGUGAUCGCGGUUCUCGAGCGGUGGAUUCGUUCGAAUGAGUCGAAUUCAUCACGGACGGCCAUAAAAUCGACGCGGUGGGUCCUCUUGACAGUUCUGUUCCGUGUUCAGGUAGCAGUAGCCACUCCAAGUGCCGCGAGAAGUGUCGUUAAACCAUCGCCACUCGACCGACGGCUGGUCCUAAUGACGUUGUGCAUGUGAUAGAACGAUACAAAAGGAGCCUCGUCAACACGGGGACGGCGACCCCACACCCGUCGGCACUUUUUUUCUCUUUCUCUCUCUGACCCUUGCUGGAGGACACGCGCAUCGAAAGCGUCCAAGCGAAGACGUUAGAGGCGAGAUGUCGGUCAGCAGAGGCACCAAACGCGUUACCUUGACGAUACGACAGCGGCUCGACGUGAUACGGAAGCUGAACGAUGGUAUUGCGGCAACCGUAUUGGCCAGCGCGUACGGUGUCAACACCACAACAAUCCGACGGAUCAAGAGGGACGAAGAUCGGAUACGCCAAGAGGCGCAGACAUUAGCGAUAAAGAGCUGCACCCGACGGAGGAUUCGGAAGCCGGUGCAGGACGAUUUAGAGGCGCGUCUUUAUUCGUGGUUUCUUCAGGAACGUGAAUUAGGUAAUCACGUCAGCAAUGCAGCGCUCCAAGACAAAGCGAUGACGCUUCAUGGCGAGUUCGGAGGUCCCUCGAGAUUUAGAGCGUCCAAUGGUUGGCUAUGGAACUUCAAAAAUCGCUAUGGCAUCCAAUUGAGUAAGGUCUACGGCGAGAGAGCUCACACAGAGACAAGGACGGAGGAGAAUGACUUUUCUCAUAACUUCCAACGGCGACGGGAAGAGGAGGUCAUAGAACUGGAGAACAUCUACAAUAUGGCUGAAACGGGUCUCAUGUGGAAGACUCUACCCCAACGAGCGUUACUCCACGCUGGAGAACUGAAAGUGUACGGAAAUAAAUCGAGGAAGGAUCGAGUCACCGUGGGCUUCUGCGCGAACGCAACUGGAACGCACAAGCUUCCUCUAGUUUUUAUUAACAAAUGCGAAAAGCCCCGAGCCCUGAAGCACUGCUGGAAUCAACUACCAGUCGUUUUCAAGUCCCAGAGGAACGGCUCGAUGAGCCACCACGUGUUCGCCGACUGGCUGGAGAACCAUUUCAAACCCGUCGUCAAGAGACGGCAGCUGCAAAAUGGUACUUGUGGAAAGAUACUCCUCCUGGUGCACAGUAGCACAGCUCACGAGGUAUCGCGGGAACUAAGGAGAGAGGACGACGAUAUCGAGAUUGUUGUUCUACCGACGAACAAUUCGUCCAUUUUGCAACCAAUGGAUCGAGGAAUAAUCGCGACGGUGAAAGGAUCCUUUCGUUCCCGUAUGCUGAAGAGGCUUUUGGAUUUUCCUGGGGGAGUCGGGGAGUUCUACGCGGACUUGGACGUGAAGGACUGCAUCGAUUUCCUCAACGACGCCUGGAUGGAGGUGACGCAGCUCCAGAUCCGUAAUUCGUGGAAGAAUUUGGUGGCCAAUCAGGAGACCGUGAAGGAAGAAGAGAACGAUUAUCAUGAUAUACUGCAAACUAAAGCUAUAGUAGAGACACUGGAAACGAUCACGGGGGAGACGAUCCCUGAAGACGAAAUCGAGGAGUGGCUCUCUACGUGUGACGCAAGUGAACUCGACCAAGAUGAAACGGAAGUCAAAGAGGAACCGUCUCAGAGAAGAUUCAGGGACGAGGAAGAAAUCGAUCGAUCGUUCAGGAAUAUUAUUUUGUGGUCCCAAACUGAACCUGAUUUUGUGCAGCUGCAGGCGUAUGCGUUGAAGAACUAUUACGACCAAGCGUGAAGGUAGACAAGAAUUUAUCAAUCGUAUUAUUAACAGUAGCAAUUCUUUACUUCGUGUAACAAGUAAUACGUGUACACGUGUACACAUCUGGAAACGACUAAAGUAUUAGAUUGUCCCGAAAGUUUUUUUUCGAGUUGCACUCAAUUAUUUUAUGUGGCCGUGUUUAUAUAAAUAGACAAUCUAAAUUCUUAGAUGUUGAUGUUGGAACAGUAC